GAGGAGAGGAGAGGAGAGGAGAGGAGAGGAGGAGAGAUAGAAAGCGUACAAUGGGGGGUUGUGGUUCGAACUUUUUUAUUCGUAGGAAGUGUCGAUUUUGGUGGUGCAAGGAUUUUGAUGUUCUUUAUUUGAUCUUUUUCGUGUGUGUGUUUUUUUCUAGAGAGAAGUUUCUGAGUUGAUCUGAUGUUCGGAUAUUCAUUGUCUCAUUUGCUUUAUGUACCAAGAUCUGUUCCAGAAUUCGCCAUGAAAUGAGGCCAGUUGAGUUCGCAGUCAUUUUCAUGAAUGAUAGGUAUCUUACUAGAACCAGAAGAUUCUUCACAAACCGUGCUAUUCUGGGUUAUCAAUGCAAAAAUUGGAGGAAAUCGAGAAGUCUUGGAGUACUUUAUCUUUGUAUGGAUUCAUUGAGAUGAGAUGGUGGUUAAAUCAUGGGUAUUUAUAUAUCUGUAUCUCGCGGCUUGAGAUUUUCAAUCGAAAUUUGCAUUUCUGCUCCGUGGAUUGGAAGUACGUUUGUUAUUUUUUGCACUUACGAUCUCUAUUCGGAAUCUGCUGCUUCGUUCAAGAUACAAUACAGAUAGAUGUCUGCUUACGAAUCUUCAGACGACGCCAUGGAUCUUGAAACCGACCAGGAUGCUUCGACGGCCAUUGUGCCCGAGCAUCUCGGGAACGAAGAUACGAUGAUCAAACUCGGGUUCAUUGAUGAAUUGAAGAAAUUGUUCGCCAUCAAUGAGCUCCUCAAUCUUCCACAGCUCGUCGUCAUCGGCGACCAAAGUUCGGGCAAAAGCUCCGUUCUCCAAGCUAUCACUCGCCUUUCCUUCCCCGUCGACGACGGUCUCUGCACGCGGUUCCCCACCGAGGUUUCCCUGCAGCGAGCAUCGGAAAACGCGCUCGAGAUCGUCAUCACAAAACCGGUUCGGACGUUGGACGCGCUGAAUCCGCCGCCGGGACAUAAGAAGUGGGUGGAGAAACAAUCGAUGCGUAUUGAGGAGUUUAAUGGGAAGUGGAGAGGCAAGGUUGCGCAGAUGGAGGAUUUUUGUGAUGUUAUCACGGAGGCGAAGCGAGUCAUUAUGGGAGAUUCGGUCGAGCCGGGUCAGUCGUCGAAAAAGGGGAAUGUUGCUCAUAAUAAGAAGAAUAUGCUAAGCGAUGCUACCUUGAAGAUUGUGAAAAAGGGCCCGGGAGAGAUCAAUAUCACGAUUAUUGAUAUCCCCGGUUUGGUUUCAUCGACUCAUCCGGCUCAUAAAAUGGCCAGAUCAUUGGUGGAUCAAUACAUCGCGAAUCCUCGAAGUAUUGUUCUAGCUGUUGCACAUCCUGCAAAUGUCGAAACGCAAGAUAUGUUUCAAAUCAUUAAAGAUAUUGACAAUUGGAAAAAUAGAGUAAUUGGCGUCAUCACGAAAUGUGACAAGAUCGAACCAGAGGGCGAUGAUUGGGUGUUCAAAGCAAUCAAGAACGACGAGACCGAUCUAGACUUCGAUAGGUGUCUCCGAUACGGUUGGUUUGCAUUACGCAAUCUCUCACCCUCGGAGAGAAAAUCCAGCGCCAGCAAAGACAUCCAAACGAUACGAGACCAGAAAGAGGAACAACUGUUCACCCAAAAAGUUUGGACCGAUCUGAAACGACAGGAGAAACUCGGCAUCAAGAAUCUCAAAGUGGCGUUGACACAAAUGCACAACGAACAUGUAACACGCAGUAUCCCCGAACUGAUUCCCGAAAUCGCAGACCGUCUAAAAUCAACCGAGAGGAGAAUCGAAGCUCUAGGACCCCCUCGAAUCACACCGGAGAGCCAAUUGAAUUGUCUGGUUAAUCUCGCGACAAAGUAUUCUCUACACGCGGGAGACGCGAUCGAUGGUCAUAAUGAUCGAUUACCCGUGAACUGCCCGGAAGUCAAAAUCCGGAAAAUCGUCCGCGAUACCCUCGACGCGUUUCGAGAUGGCAUGACCGAAGUUUUCGACAAGCGCUUCAACAGUAAAGGACUCGGCUUCACACUCGAAUCCAUCGACGACAGAACAUGGGAACGCGCCGUGCUUCGCAACAAGUAUUUCCACGAGAUUAGCCAAUGCAUCGAAGCCAAUCGCGGCAAGGAGAUGGCGGAUGAAGUCAACGGAGCGGUGAUACGCAGUCUCUGGUCCCAAUUAACCCCCGUGUGGAAAGAGCAAACCACCGCCCUGAUCGAAUCGCUCAUCAACGCGAUUUGGAUCUCGGUAGGAUGUCUCUUGCACGCGAUUUGCGAAGAGGAGUCUCUCUUGCUCAAUGUCCAAAAUCUGCUCGAAGAAGACAAAACCGCCGUUCGCGAUGACGCGCUGCACGAAUUGGAUAAUCUUCUCAACGAUGAGAAGUCCGGGCUCAUCGUCACGCUGAACAAAUGGAAUAUAUAUCAGCUUUCCGACUUGCGCGAAGGACGCUUCGCGCUCAUGACGGCGCGAUUGGAUGAUAUUCAGAGACGCGAUAAGGAUCUGGUGAAGACGCAGGUUAAGAGCUGGCUUGGGCACAAUGCGAAGAUCGAUGCGAUUUUUACCACCCAUGAUAAGUUGGCGAGUUAUUAUCAGAUUGGGAUGGUGAGGUUUGUGGAUAAUGUGUGUCAUCAGGUUUGCGAGAGACAUCUCUUGGGCGGAAAGAGUCCGUUGAGAACUUUGGGGCCGGAUAUGAUUAUUAAGAAGUUUCAGGGUGACGCAAACGCGUUGAAAAAAAUCGCAGGCGAAACCGCAAUUCAGUUGGCGCAGCGCGCUCGCUUGCAAAAAGAUCAGGAGUCGUUGAAGAGGGCGAUGGAGAAGGCGAAACAGUAUAAAUUGACGUUGGGAGUGCAGGGGAUGGGGUUGUGAGAGUUGGGGGGGUUUUUUUGUGGAUGUUUUGUGGGGAGGAAGGAGGGGAUGGAAUGGGGAAUUGGGGUGGGAGGAAGGAGGGUUUUAGAUGAGGGGAUAGGAGUACUGAGAUGGAUAGUUAUAAUAAAUCCUAACAUCCAUCCUCAUCUCACAAUAAAACGUCCAUACUAAACCACUAUACUACUUUUUUCUCUCCAUCUACUUGCAACUUGCCCUAUUCAAUUCAAUUCAAUUCGCAGUCUCAACUUCA